GGAUUGGAUUAAGAAAAAAUUCAUUUUCCUUUUAAAUUUAUUGAUGAAUUUUUUUCAACUGUGUAGGCUUAGGUUUACUGCUUGAAAAAUAGCUGCUAAGCUAGAAAUUUAAAUAAUUAUAAUCAGUUGGCGACCCAUAAGAAGAUGAUGGUGCUUAGUGUUAGUGGCUCUCAAACCAAUAUAUACAAUGGUUCUUCACCAAUAACCCUCAGCGGAGGGGGUGCGCUCCGUAAGGUCCCCAACAGCAGUCCGAGCAACCAUAAAAGACCAAUGAUUGCCCUUACACAUCUACCCAAAAGGCCGCCCGUGGAUAUUACCUUCACAGAUCUCUCCUACUCGGUUUCCGAAGGAAGGAAAAGAGGGUAUAAAACGAUAUUGAAAUGCAUCAGUGGAAAAUGCAAGUCGGGGGAGUUGACGGCCAUUAUGGGACCAUCAGGUGCCGGGAAGAGUACCAUUAUGAAUAUUUUAGCAGGCUACAAAACGUCAAAUCUGAGUGGGCAGGUUAUGAUCAACGGCAAAGAGCGCAAUCUGCGGCGCUUCAGGAAGAUGUCCUGUUACAUCAUGCAGGACGACUGCCUCUCCCCACAUCUCACCGUCAAAGAGGCCAUGAUGGUUUCAGCGAAUCUCAAAUUAGGAAAGACUGUCACGUUGUCCGAAAAGAAAGUUGUGAUCAACGAAAUUAUUGAAAAUUUAGGACUUCAAACUUGCAUCGAUAUAAACUCUUCCAAUCUGUCGGGUGGUCAACGGAAACGUUUGUCAAUAGGUUUGGAAUUAGUAAAUAACCCACCAGUGAUGUUUUUCGACGAACCAACGAGUGGUCUGGACAGUUCAUCAUGUUUCCAGUGCCUCUGUCUACUCAAGUCACUCGCACGAGGGGGUCGAACAAUAAUAUGCACUAUACAUCAACCAUCAGCUAGGUUAUUUGAAAUGUUCGAUCAUCUUUAUAUGAUGGCGGAAGGACAGUGUAUUUAUAGAGGACCUGUGCUAGGAUUGGUGCCAUUUUUGUCCAGCAUGGGUUUGAAUUGUCCUAGUUAUCAUAAUCCCGCUGAUUACGUUAUGGAGGUAGCAUGUGGAGAGCAUGGAGACUACGUUCAGAAACUGGUGGUGGCAGUAAACGCGGGCCGUUGCACCAAAUUCGCCACUCCAGAUCAUAGAAGUAGUAAGAUAGUUUCCAAUGAUAUCGCUAAAGAAGCCAAUGGGAAGAACUCCUCUGGAGACGUAAUAUCUGUGCCAAAUGGUUCUGUUAAGCCUGCCACCCCCACAACGCCAGUAACUUGCACAACGUCACUUUUAGAUUCUUCGGAGAAUUUGUCGCCAACGGAAAAGAAUGGUUUUUCGACGACAGGUCUCCAACAGUUCACAAUAUUGCUCAAAAGAAGUAUGUACAUGAUUCUAAUGGACAAAACGCUAACUAGAAUGAGACUGGUGUCCCACUUUGUGAUAGGAUGCCUUAUAGGCCUAAUUUAUUAUGAUAUAGGACAAGACGCUGCCAAAGUUACCAGUAACGCAGGGUGCCUCUUCUUCUGCGUAAUGUUUAUGAUGUACACAGCUAUGAUGCCCACAAUUUUAACAUUUCCUUUGGAAAUGUCAGUUACCGUAAGGGAGCACCUGAAUUAUUGGUACUCGCUCAAAGCGUACUAUAUGGCUAAAACAUUGGCGGACAUACCAUUUCAGGUGGUCAUGACAUUGUGCUAUAUAAUAGGUGUUUACUUUAUAACGUCCCAACCGUUAGAUGUAACUAGAUUUGGGAUGAUAUUGUUAGUUACGGUGUUAACUGCCCUUGUAUCUCAAAGCUUCGGAUUGCUCAUAGGUGCUGCUUUCAAUAUUGAGGGAGGUGUAUUCCUCGGACCAAUUUCCACCAUUCCCAUGGUGCUCUUCUCAGGCUUCUUCACCAACCUGAACGACAUUCCCUUCUACCUGAGAUGGCUGCCAUAUCUGAGUUACCUGAAAUACGGCUUCGAAGCGUGCAUGAUCGCUAUCUACGGCUUGGAUAGACCAAAGCUAACAUGCAACAUCGAGUACUGCCACUUCAAGUACCCCAAGAAGUUCUUGGAGCAGAUGUCCAUGAAGGACGACAUGGUCAGCUAUUUCAUCGACGUCGGGGUACUAGGUGGACUGUUCAUCUUUCUUAGGGUGAUAGCAUACUUUAUGCUUCGCAUUAAAUUGAUGCAAAAUCGGUAAGAUAUUCUGUUUCUAGAGAAUUUAGGUAUUAGGAUGGGACUUUGAGGUUACUAAGCACUUGUCAAAUAGAUACUUUAUUGCCUAUUUUGAAAUUAUUGCAGAAUUAACCUCACAUAACCUACUUAUCAUCUCAAAACGAUAUAUAACUCGAGGGGCUGAUGUAGCGAUAAAGACAAGUUACUGAAUUAAACUACAAAUGUUCUAUAUCUAUAAUAUACGUAAAAGCUUGUUUGGAAAGUUUAAAUAUUUUAAGGCAAUAAAGUAACUAUGUUUUACUGACCAAUUAAGUCUUGUUUAUUUCUGUAUGUACUGGAACAGUAUUCCGUACCAAUAGCGAUGGAAAUAAAAUUUAUAACUGCAUUUUUAAUAUUACAAUUUUGUAUUCCUAAAUGUUUUCUUCAACUCGUACCUUUUCGACAACACAUCAUUAGCAUUAAGGGCAGUAUUUAGCUGUUUUAAGUUGUUGUAUUGCAUCUUGUGAGUAUACUCUGUUUUUUGAGACUUAUUGUGUUUAUAAGCACUAUAUUAUUCAGAAGUAUACACGAACUGGUAAUUUAGUGGAAAUACUGUAAGGAAUACUAGUUUGUCGGCUACAUCUAUCAAUCAACGAUUGUCUAGCUGUUGCUAACCUCCAAAGAUUUAGUAAGAAUGUUGAUGAAAUCAAAACUCAUUUGUAAAAAAGUUAUUUUAAGCUUGCUAGAUUUUUUUGAUCUAUAUAAAAAGUUUGACUUGUAGAUAAUAUAGUAGACGUGUUUGCUGUUCUCCAUUGUAAUACUAAUAGCAUUCAUUUAAUUUUGGAAUCUUUGAUUUAGAUUUUUAGAAACAGUGUAAAAAAUAGUAAAAAUGUACGUUUAAUUCCAAAAUAUAUGUCUUUAGAGUGUAAAAAUAGAAAUCUCUAUAUUACAGGCAACACUAAUUACUUUUGAUAAUUUGCCCUUACUGAUAGUUUGUCAGUAGAUUGGACAUUGAUGGGCUUUUAUAGCUGUUUUUACUUCUGUUUGAUUAUGGAUAAUUUCCUACCUCUCUAAUGAUGGCUCAAAAGAUAGAGUAUACUUAUUAUAACUGAAAGUUUCUGGGAUAAGAGUGUAAGAUAGUAAUUCCAGUGAUAUGUCGAGAUUUUUGCCCAUCUAGUUUCAUGUAAACCAAAAAUGUCACAGUUUUAUACGAAAUCAAUGUAUUUAUAUUAUUUUAGAUCAAUUUUUUAUUAUUUGUUAGGAUAGGUAGUAACACAAGUAUUUCAAAGGAGCUGGUGAUCUUAUAUGUUAUAAUUAUGUAGGAAUAUGGUAUACAUAUUUGUUACAAUUCGUUAUAUUUUGGUGCGCCAAUCAGGCAGAUGGUGUAACAGAGAUCAGAAAUGUAAGUUGAUAAGUACUUUGCAAAGAAUUAGACAAACAAGGUAAGGAAUGGUUCCCUAAUUAAUUAAUUUACAUAUUAUGAAAACCAAAAGUUUUGUCACUGCUACAUUAUGUGAUGCAUACAUCGGAUAUUUAAACUUAGGUAGAAAUAUUUUAUAUCAAGAUAUGACGAAUGUUUACUGGUUUAAUAUUUAAUAAACUUGCAAUUCUUUUAAACCAUGUAAAGGCCAAAAGUCAUUUUACAGAACAUUUUUAUGACCAAAGAGGUGUUUUUCAAUUUCCUGAUCAUUUAAGAAAUAUUUUUCCAAGAUCAAGUGUAGUUCCAUUAAGUGUAGUUUCUGAUUUAUCUGUGUAACACAUAUUUUUUACUAAAAGGAAACAAUAAUGUGAAAAUAACUAUGAAAACCCUCUCAAAAACGAUUUCAAAGGCAGUAAAGUUAAUUUUAAGAAUAUAACCUUUAAUGGAACAGACUUUAUGGGCCAAAGAUUCAACCAUUUAUUUGUUUGGAUCAUAUCAGCCACCGAUACUUUUGUAACGGGACGAAUACAGAAUGUUCCAAUUCGGGAAAAUACCAUCCUAUUUAAACAUGGUUUUACGGAAUUGUAACAGUGAUAAAUAUUUAUUCUGUAGGUUUUUUUAAAUGUAGAACCCGAAUGGCAGAAUGGUUAUAGUCUUUAUAAAUUGUGAUAAAUAAACUUUUAAUUUUCUAAUGUGUUGUAUUCCCUGUGAUGAAUUGUGUGAUUGUGUGGUGAGGUGCAAAAAACUGCGCCAUUGUAAAGAACUGUAUCUAUUCCAAUUGAUAUUUUAAACAUACAUUAAUUUCUUUCUGUUAUAAUAUUUUGUUAUUCACUUUUGAAUGCACAGUGAAAUUUUAAACCUAAACUACUUUAUAAUAAAUCAUUAAUUUGUAAUAAUGUUGAUGAUAUAUUUAACAAAUUUUGUUGCCAAAUAUUGAUUAGUUACUCCACAGUAGUAUACACUGUGUGUCAGCCAAAUGGAAUAAAUUAGCUUAUAAAAAAAUGAGGGAGUAUUCAAAAAAACGGUCGAACACGUCGA